AUGGCUACUUGGAGGGAAGAACGCACAGUGAACAGGACUCUUGUAGUCAACAGUGCGAACGAGGGUGACCCCAACUUUGGCCACCGUGGUCUUCCAUCGCAGAACUCAGAAGACAACGACGUUCCUCCUACCCAAAGCACGAUCCCAGCAGUGCCACGCGAGGCGACUAUAGCCGUAUCACUGCCAAUACUUAAAGAGAUCGAUAUACAGCCCUGUGGUCAGCCCAAUGUUGGUGGCCGCAAUAGCGUCUUAGAAAGCGGCGGCCUACCUCCUGAACCAGACCAUUUCAACAUGGAGAUGCUCCGGCUACUUUCGUUGUAUCCGGCGGACACGUCCAGAUACCGACGCUUUCGGCGCAAUGUGCACCGCAAAGGUGCCGUAUUGGCCCGGCAUCAGUUGAAAAUCAUGCGCCGUUGCGUCAGUGAGGCACUGAAAGCGUCCAAUGGGUCAAUCAACGGUAUAGAAUUUAUGCGCUCGGUAGUACGACGUCAUCCAAAUUAUGGCCAGACUACGGUCGCAGCAGCCCUCCUGAGACAGCUGAUUCCUGGAUUACUACGAUGCCUCGCCCAGCUUAAUCGCCCAGGCCUACUGAACAUUGCGACAACGGUCAUUAGACACUGGGUCACCCAGAAGGAUCUAUCAGAGUUAUCGCUGGGUGACAAUGACUAUGUAAUGUCAGUGCCGUCAGGCUGUUUCAUUCAUGUCGAUGUGGACAACAUCACGAAAUUUGAAAGAACAUAG